GUUCUAUUUGUCGUUGUUCGCACACACCGCCUUACGUUUUCCCAUCGUUAUCUUCUCUUCCUCAAAGCCGGUUGCUGCUCCACCGACUCCAAUAUUUUUGCCCCCAACUCCGUUUUCCCUCUUAAUUUUCAUUCUCACAUCCGUCAACACACCGCCGCCGAGCUUGCAUCCGACGUCGAUCCGACACAGCUGCUGAUGGUCAGCGGGAAGGGAAGAAUGGGAACCCGCUUCUGCGUUCCUCCCCCCUAAGCCUUCUUGCGAGAGCUUUCCAAUUGCUUGUAUUCGGACCUGGAACAUACUGUCGCUCCCUAUGUACCCCUAAAUCCAGACAUCAGCCAUCAGUUCUCACAAACCCAACGCAUCUCCAAUAUGCAUCUUCCAAUUGUGUGAUUUUUUUUUUCUUUUUAAUUCAUCGCCUCAAUUUUGGAUGAAAGUUUUUAAUCAAGCGUCGUUUUUUUUUCAAGGCUCAAUUUCCGAUUUUCAGUAUUCAGGUAAAAACAUCUUUCAUUGUAUAUUCCCCUGCUUAUACCGGUUUUUGUAGGUCACCGCAUCCCUCUUCCAAUCAACCAUCUUUCUGUAUUCUGUGUUCAAUGUCCAAAGGAAUACACGAACAUGUUUAUACUAAUUUAAGUGCUUUUGAUUUGUGAAGUGGUUUCUACCAGAGGCAUAACUGUUUCACUUCUUUGAUAUCUUUGUUUUUGCUAGGAAAUAGAUGGAACAGAAUAGGGAUACAUGAUAUAGAACAGCUUUAUUUGUCCCACUUUUUUCAGUUAUUGCGAUUUUGUCCCAUCUCCACCAUCGCUACUUCCGCUAAUACAGUCAUACACGCCGGUUGGGCGAUGAUGGCGUGGCGGUUCAACCGGACGACGAUGAGUUAGGUGGUCGGACAAUAUGUUAGCAAUGGUUAGCCGCACACGGAUUUCCAUGCUGGUAAGCAUUACCCAAAUUGAUUGAACGUCUUCGUCUUUCUGUUCGUCACCGCUCUGUCGGUCAAUAGGAAAUCGGGGCUUACUCAACCCUUAUCUACCGUCAUAAACGGAAGCAUGUAUGGUUAUAUUUACGCAUUUUACAUUUAAUAUAAAUUAUUGUUUUUCUUGAUAUUUAACAUUUCGAGACUCUAAUUAAUCCUAAAAUGGUGCAGUUAAUUGUUGGAUCUUCUUCUGUUUGUACUUUUGAAGAAAUGUAUAUUGUACGCAGAUAAGGUGUUGGAUGAAAUGUUUGUCUAUUUUUUAUGACUGUAUAAUUUUUUUUGUUUGAUUUCUGUGGCAGAUCUAUUCAACCAGGUCAUUACCUUGUGAAAUUGAUUAUUGAAGAUUCAUAAAUAGAGGAUGAAGGGAUUUAGGUUUAUUAAGAGAGGACCGACAAAUAUGAUUGAGGGAUAAUGAUAUGGUGGAUGAGAUGUUGCACGUUCGUGUUUUACAGUGGAGAAGGAAAAGUAUGAAGCAAUAUCAAAACCCUUAAUAUGAAUGGAUGUUGCUGUCGAAGCUGUACUGGGUAGGAUCGACCCACAUAAUCAGUUUCAUCAGAGUUGUGUUUGGAGGAGCGACGGGCGUUCUUUUUUACUUUAUCAGACGAACAUGGAUUGCUGCCCUUGUGCCUAAAUGUGAAGUUGAUGGUGAAUUGGGUGAUGCACACAUGGCAAUGCGAGCUAGACUUAUGAGUCAGGUAAGGUCAAAGCUAGCUACUUUUGGAUCUUGUGCACCCUCUGAAGUCACUUGUGGUGGAAAUGCUUUGAAGUUUUACUCUUCAAUUCGACUAAAUAUUAGGAGAAUAGGACUUGUCAAGAAGGGCGAAGAGGUUUUGUUGGUCUGUUUUCGAUUAACUCAAAGAAAGAGAAAAUGGGUAUUGUGUUCUUGUUGGAGGAAUUACUCCAACCCCUCUUCGAGAAGGUUGUGGCAAGAUUCUGAGAACAGAACAUUAUUAUCUAAUUUGCUCAUUAAGAAUUCUUCCCAGAGACCAAAGAUUGUUACUAUUGAAGACAACCUAAUGGUCGUAGGAUGCAAAGGCCGUAUUUUGGCAAGGCAACUCGCAAGGCAUAUCCGAUUGGAUUAUGCAACCGGUGGUCUUUCAUCCCCUUUUUCCGAGCCUCGCCUCAUUGAAAAUCACUGUUAUGAUUUCCGAUUUUGA